AUGUCAUAUUUCUCACUUUUCUCUACAGAAGUUUCGUUAAAAGAGUAUGUACACCCGGUACGAGUCGGCACAGCGAAACCACGAUCUUACGUUCCUGAUCAUCCCCGCUGGCGGAGAAUAAAGACACGGGAUUAUUUUGUACACUACAGAUUGUCAGCAUUUAACCGAACAUUCCACCUAGAACUUCAACGAGAACAGUCUUUUCUUUCUCCUCGCUUCCAUCUUCAAACGCUGGAAACUGGUACUAAAAAUAUUACCUUUUGGACAAGUUCUGGGACAGAUGUUAACUGUUUCUACAGGGGGCACGUGAAGGACGAUGAAAAGUCCAGAGCUUGCAUCAGCUUGUGUCAAGGAAUGUUAGGCCUAAUUCAUACCUCGCAUGGAGACUUCUUUAUCGAGCCGUUGCUUUUGGAUGAUCGUCGAGCAAAAACUGGAAAGCGUGUAACAAGAACACAUGUUAUGAAAAUGCUGCAAACACCUACAUUCAGAAACAGAAGAUCUGUGGUAAACUCUGGUUCUGAGG